CUAUGGGUCAAGUGCAGGGCUCCUCGGAUAAGGAAGUGACUCUUCAAAACAUCCAGGAUCUGUACCGUAAGUUUGCCAGUGAGUGUCCCAGUGGAAAUCUGCACUUGCAUGAGUUCAAGAGGAUAUUUGGAGUAACGAGCUCUUCAUCGGAGGAAGAAUCGGCCUAUAUGGACAACGUGUUUCGAUCCUUUGAUGCAAACAAGGAUGGUAAAAUCGACUUCAUGGAGUACGUGGCGGCCGUGCACCUCGUCCUUCGUGGGAAACUUGAGGACAAACUGAGAUGGUCUUUUAAAGUAUUCGACAGAGACGGAAACGGCUGUUUGGACAGACAGGAAGUGAAGCACAUUCUCAAAAUUAUCUACAAAAUAAAGAGGCACACUGAUCCUGGACUCACAGUGAAUGUUGAGGAUACCUGCAACAGGAUAUUUGAGCUGGUGGACAAGAAUAAAGACAGUCAGAUUACGUUGGAGGAGUUCAUGGAAGGGGCUGAGAAGGACCCGUGGGUGAUGGAGCAGCUCAAACUGGACAUCGGGCCGUGCGAGUGGUUCAUCGAACAGCAAGAAGGCCACAAGCCUCGUAAAUGACGGGACAGCAAAACCACGAGAGAGAAGCGGCCUUCAGUGACGGACUCGUGUCUCGUUCAUAUG